AUGCAGGCCGUCAAGCAAUACGAGAUCUCGGACACUGAGUUGGGCGAGAUAUAUUCGUUUGCCAUCCAGCUAGGUAGAGACGCUGGGGCUAUCUUGUUGGAUAGUCUGCAGAAGAGGCGGCGAGAUGAGUCUGAUUUGGUUGGAGACACUCCGGAAGAGUUGGUCAUGGAAGAAAAGUUGAAUGCAGUGGAUAUCGUGACAAAGACUGAUAUUGGCAUGUUUGAAUCCCCAUUGAUUGCCGUUCCGGCGUCGAUCAUGACAGAGAGCGCAGGCAUUUCGAAAAAGUACCCGUCGCACGCUUUCGUCGGAGAGGAAAUGUAUUCUCAGGGUUCGUCGAAGGCAUAUCUGGUCACGAACGCUCCAACUUGGAUCGUCGACCCGCUUGAUGGAACAGUCAAUUUCACCCAUUCGUUCGUCAUGUUCUGCGUCAGCAUUGCCUUGGUGGUGAAUCAGAGGCCAGUCAUUGGAGUCAUUUACGCUCCGUUACUGAAUCAGUUAUUCUCUGCUUGUCGUGGAAAGGGGGCGUGGUUGAAUGAGACCACAAGAUUGCCAUUGUUAGGGAGUGUGGGAGUGGGACCAAUCCCCAAGAAUGCUCCUUCAAAGUGCAUUUUCUCAUGUGAGUGGGGGAAGGAUAGAAGGGAUCGGCCAGACGGGAAUAUGUAUCGGAAAGUAGAUAGUUUUGUCAAUAUGGCCGCUGAGAUUGGUGGAAGAGAUGGGAAAGGGGGCAUGGUCCACGGCAUGAGAAGUCUGGGAAGUGCUACCAUGGAUCUGGCGUAUACAGCCAUGGGUUCACUGGACAUAUGGUGGGAAGGAGGAUGCUGGGAAUGGGACGUUGCCGCAGGAAUUUGCCUCUUGCAAGAGGCUGGAGGAUUGAUCACGACGGCGAACCCCCCAGAAGGCUACCAGACGGCAAAGAUUGAAGAUGCCAAAUUAGGCGGGAGAUUAUAUCUUGCCAUUCGACCAGCUUGUGAUGCGCCAGGGGAAACAGCGAGGGAGGGUCAAGAAAGAGUGGUCAGGGAGGUUUGGCGCAGAGUUCGUCAUCUCGACUACUCCAGACCUGGAGCCUAA